ACAUGACAGGUGUCCUGCGGGACGAGACGAUCUUCUUUCUGACUAUGGGGUAGAAAUGUACCCCGGAAGAUCAAUCUGGGCCCGGGGCGUGCUGGCCCUCGGAGCAGGGAUCCUUCUGCUAUCAGGCUUGCGAUGGUGGAGCGAGUCAACAAUUCGGACGAAAGGCAGUGGCGGCGCGAGAUCGAUUCGAAUCGACGGGUCAGAAAACGACGAUCCGUCCAUCCUCGAACGAUCGAAGGAAAGUGUGAGUUACUUAUCGAAGGAUGUCGACGACGUUUUGUUCUGGUGGCAGAUCGAAGCUGACAGGCGAUGGAAGCGCAGCGCGCGAUCGGAUCGACGCGACGAGGGAUCGAUGUUCGAGGACUCGUCGGCGGAGACGAACGCGUUUCAUGAAAACCAACGCGCGUCGUCGUUGAUCGAUAUCGGCGAUCGGAAAAUCGAUGGUGACGGAUUGCUACUACGGCGGAAUUUCCACGUGAACGAAGCCGGCGAUACGUUAGGUGAAUCCUCGAAAGGGGAUCGACACCACAUAAUUACGCGAACCGACACGCGUUCGAUCGAUAUUAAUAUCGUAACUCGAAUAUCGAGCGAGACUAAACAGAAGAGGAGGCUCAUGGAGCGGGAAGGAUCGCGUGAUAAAAAAGACGAUGAUCAAGAGACGAUUGACACCGCGACUUCUCUGACGUUACGUAACGACAGACUCAAAGUAGAAGAGACAGGACCAAAAACAGGUGAUUCGAGAUCAAAGCUCGAUGUUCCUAGAUCGCGAGAGAUGAGUAUCAACGUUCGAUCGAUCGAUCGACGUAGAUCUCUUGAUCGAGAUCCUGAUAAAAGCGUUCAAAGGCAACGUGAUAAGAUCGAAGAAAAUUCGCGUUUCUCGCCCGGAGGACGAGCGUCGAUCCUAGAAUCCUUGAAAGGAGAUAAGAGGAGUACACGGCGAUUUGCUGCAGGAAUGCAGGAGGACCAGCUCCUUUUUUUUCACGAGAAUCGCGAACGAGCUGAAUCUUCCGCGACGAGGCCCGCGGAGGCGAUCCAGGAUCGUAAAAAUCUGCCGGAAGAACGGGAUUCUGCGAGAAGAAGAAGCCACGAGACGAGCCGCGAAGGGAAUCUUAGAGAAUUUGAGGUCAACAAUAUCGAAAAUAAUGACAAGAACGACGUUCAUGAAACUGAUCUUUCGAUUAAUACAGAAGACAGAUCGCAGGAUGCUCUCUUCGAGGAUUUAAAUAGCAGUGUCAAUAGUGAAUUUCGAGAUGAAAGUGAUAACGAAGGAUCUUCGGGCAACGCAAGUGCUUUUCAAAUUCUGGAUUCCAUUAUUCCCUCGGAUAAUAAAAGGGGUAAAGUGACACGCGGCGAGGACUCGAAGGACCUGAUGGUCGCGAAUAAUUUCGUAUUGGCGAGUCAGGAUCGAAGAAUCGAUACUGGAGCUCUCAUUCCGGAAUAUCGACCGAUUUUUGCGCGGAACAAACGCAAAAUCACACGCAGUUUUACGAAGAAAAUAAUACGAUCGAUCGAUCGACGAGAGGACGCUCAGGCAUACGAAGGAAGGAGUGAUAACGCGGGAUCGACUACGAUUCAGAAAGUGGAGCGAGGAUACGAGACGGUGAUAAGCGAUCGGCGAAAACGACACGCGAAUCAUUAUUCCGCUCAAUCGGUUACCCCGAUGGCCUACGUGCACAUUCAGCCGGCGUAUCCGGCGGAGCCGCCCACGAGCCGGAAGUGUGUACGAUGCAUGGUUGUCUACAAGCCGUGUCCUUCGCAGCCUUCGCGACCGCCGCCCAGAAUCGUGCUUCCUAAAUACAAAUAUCAUAAGCCGGCCAGUACUUGGCGAGGACUCAAGUACGGAUGUGGCUGCAAUAACUUGGGCUCCGCGAGCUCAACCUGCGACAUCGUGUCCGGGCAAUGUCAGUGCAAACCGCAAGUUAUCGGUAGACAAUGCGACGAAUGCAAGAUUGGUUAUUGGGGUCUGACAACGGGGGCGGGUUGCACGGCUUGCGGCUGCGAUUCCAUAGGAUCCUACAACACCUCCUGUCACAGCGACACAGGACGAUGUUAUUGUAAGCCGGGUGUAAAUGGUUUGCGCUGUGACAGUUGUCUCUCUGGGUAUUAUGGAUUUUCAUCGAACGGUUGUCAACUGUGCGAUCCGUGCGUGCGUCCUGGUCACGUGUGCGACCCCGACACCGGUCGUUGCGUAUGUCCCCACCUGACGUACGGCGAGCAUUGCGACCGGUGCAGACCCGGCGCGUGGGAUCUGGUGCCACAAAUCGGCUGCAGACCCUGCGCGUGCACAUUGGGCGCCACGCGAUCUCAAUGCGAUCAUCAGGGUCAGUGCCCCUGCAGGAUCGGUUACGACGGGCUCAGAUGCGAAAGAUGCGCCAGAGGUUACUACGGUUAUCCGAGGUGUCGGCCUUGCGGCUGUAACGUCGCCGGGACAACGCAGUGCCAGGACGGUGUCUGCGAGUGCGACGAUAAGGGGCAGUGUCCCUGCAAGGAAUUGGUCGUUGGGCGACAGUGCAAUCAAUGCAAAGAAGGCACGUUCGGUCUUGCGGUAAAUAACGCUAGAGGAUGUACCGAGUGCUUCUGCUUCGGAAGAAGCACACUGUGUCAGCAGGCUGGACUCAGUUGGGGUCAACGCAGAUUAACACAUCCUCGCGUUCUUUACAUCAAUGAAUCAGCCAGUGAUGUAACAAUAAUGACCUUUGGCUCCACGACCGUACUGCCAACGGUGAAUGGUGGCUUAAACGUGACGAAUGGCCUCUCUGUAAUUCCUGGAUCCGAUGGUGACGUUACAUUGCCCCCAAAUCUUUAUUAUAAUUAUCCUUUAUAUUGGAGAUUGCCGGAUUCUUUCCUAGGCGACAAGGUCGUCUCUUACGGAGGAUUUCUACGCUUUAAAACCUUAACGGAAAAUGGGAUACCUUUGAGAUCGAAUCUUCGAUAUCCUAUUGUGCAGUUGCAAGGCAAUAACAAGAUUGUCUUGGAAUAUUAUUUACAUCUACCGGUGAACGAUAAUCGUUAUGAAGUCAGAUUCCACGAGUCGCUGUGGCAAUUACAAAACAGGCCGGAUUACAAAGUCUCCAGGGAGUUACUAAUGGUUGCGUUACAGAAUCUUCAGUAUAUCCUUGUUAAAGCCUCAGACAAUGGCGAGUUUACAAAAACCACACUCUUGGAGACAUCUCUCGACGCCGCCGUCCUGACGCCCACGCACUCGCCACCGUUGGCGAUCGGAGUGGAAAUCUGCCAGUGUCCUUCGGAAUACAACGGCACAUCCUGCCAGGAUCCCAGCAUUGGCUUUUACAGGUGGUACAAGAACACCACUGCUACAUCCACCAUCGUGAUUGAUCUUGUCGGACAAGCCAGGCGCUGCCAGUGCAAUGGGAGAUCCGACGUGUGCGACAGGGAGACGGGAUAUUGCUUGAAUUGCCAGGAAAACACGAUUGGUGCACACUGCAAUGUUUGCGCUGACAGUUUCUACGGUCAUCCGGAGUUCGGGGGCUGCAAGCCGUGUCCGUGCCCGCAGGUCGACAAAAGAUUUUCGAGUACUUGCGUAAUUCGUGCAAACAAUGAACCCAUUUGUCAUUGCAAGCCAGGUUACAUUGGCAGAAAAUGCGAACGUUGCGCCUACGGCUAUUACGGCUCUCCUGGUCUCCCGGACGGCAAGUGCGUUCCGUGCGGUUGCAACUUGGCAGGAAGUUUGAGCGACACCUGCGACGGCGAGACAGGACAGUGCAAGUGCAGGCCCGGUUCUACGGGCAGGGAUUGUUCCCAGUGCACGGCAUAUCGUCACGUUUACAUAAAUGACGUUUGCACUUCAUGCAAUGACAAUUGCACGGGAAUUUUGCUUGAUACUGUCGCAACGCUGUCUGACGAAUUGACUGCGGGAACGACUCAUAUAGCAGACGGAUAUAUUCCACCUCCGUGGGAAGAAUUGACGUAUUUCGACUCCACCGUCACCACACAUCUCAAAGAACUGGAACUACGAACUCGUCUGCAGCAAAGAAUGAAAACUGUACCUUGGCACGAUUAUAAGAAACUUGCGGAAGAUGUUGAAGUUAUGUUAAGAAACAUGAGCAAAUGUGCAAAAUAUGCCGAUACCUUGAAGAUCAAGAGUGGCGACUUGAAAAAUAAUAUUUUCACCGGAAAGAUUAUGCUUAACAAUAUAAAAAAAGAUAUAGAAGGUACGACUUCGGAACUCAAUCAAUACAGCAAUGACAAUAGGAGGAUAGAAAUCAAGAAGGCCUUAAAAACGGGAAAGAUGAUCUUGAAUCACCUGAAAUCUGUCAAUAUAGCCCAGAGAGUCAUGGAGGUGGAAAAUUUCCUUGAUGCCGUCACCAAAUACGUGGCAUGGUUAAAUUCUCUUUACGACGCAACUGAGCCCUUGUCAGCCGCUCAGGACGACGCUAAAGAUUACGAGAUAAAAUUGGAUGACAUGAGAACAGUCGUAGAAAACACCAUGGAAACACUGUUUAGCUACGACGGUUUGUACAACCGUAUCAACAAGACAUUCAUUGAAACUAAGAAUCAGUGCGCUCGUAUCGAAAUGUUGCACGACGGAACGAACGAAUCGAUAUCCGAUGGAAAGAAACUCAUUGAUGAGGCUCUCGGUUUGCUCAUCGACGCGGGAAAUAACAUUCAAGACCAGUCGGACUGGCGAGACAAAUUGGCGAAUUCAACGCAGGAACUCACUAUGAAGGAGGAACACCAGUACCAACUAAAUUACGAAUACGCCAAGAAAUAUGUGGCGCCGGCGGUGCAACACGCAAAAAAUCUGUCCAAUUACGUCGACCAGUACGUCAGCCUCUUUGCCGAGACGCGAGACAUCGCGGCGAGUCCUCUGAAAGCCAGCCAAGCCUACAAGAACAUCGUCGACGGUCUGCGAGCGGCGAAAGUCACAGCGAUGGCAGCCAAGGAAAUUACCGAAGAAGUGCAUGGAAAGGCUUUCCCCUCUUCGGGACAGAAAUCGCUACUGAACAAUGCCAAGGAAGUAUUAGCCAAAUCUUCGCAACAAUGGAAAACAGCGAAAGAGCACGAUAAACUUAUCAAGAAUGCAAACGCCGAGUUGGAGGCUCAGAAGCAAGCUGUACUCGUGCUGAAGAAUACAUUGAACAGCACUGGCAUAAACGACAAUGAGAUAAAUGUGAAAUUGCGAGAGUUGCAGAGCAAUAGCAAGAAAUUGCAUGAGGAUCUAUUAAAUAUCUUGGAGGAGAACGACGAAGUAACGAAGUCUGUAAGUGACACGCAACGACUGAUUGACGAUUACAAACAUGGCAUCGCCGACAGACUGAAGCCGAAAUUGCAGGAUUUAAAACGCGAAGGCGAUUCAAAAAUUAGCUUGGCCAGCGAAAAAUUGUCAGAAGCGAUGAGCAAUAUUAAGACAGCCGAUGCGAAGCUAAUAAGCUUAUCCAAUGCUGCGAUGAAACGAAAAGCCGUCUUUGACAAGUGGAACGAUACCUUAGCCACAAAACUGCAGAAUCUCAAAGAUAAAAUUGCAGAGGCCCGAAACACCGCCGAUGGGAUUCGCGUCUCUCUGAGAUCGGUGGAGGAUAAGGAAUGUAUCCGUUCGUACAGACCGACGAUGUUGCAACCUUCGGCAACGACAUCGAUCGUGAUGACGUUCGCGCUUCCAACCGCGCGUAAGGAAGGUUCUCUGUUUUACUUGCCCAGCGGAAUUAAUGACGAUUUCGUUGCUCUAGAAAUAGUUGACAGAAGAGUGCGAUUUUUAUGGAACGUCGGUGGUGGUACAGGUAUUCUGACGCAUCCUGAAAUUCUCGAAAGUGGCGAUUUGCAGAACGACAGAUUUUGGUAUCGGAUCGAGGCUGAAAGAACUCGACACACAGGCAAGCUGAGCGUGCAUAGACAGACGUCGACAUCCGGAAAGUAUCUUCCUGUCAUUAAUUCGACCAACCCAGAGUAUGGUCGUUUCGACGUUCUACCUGCAGAUCGAGUGUGGAUAGGAGGUAUUCCUAAAUCGCAGAGAAGGCCGACGGAACUGAUGGCUACCAACGGACUUCCGGGCUGUAUUCAUCAGGUGAUCCUCGACGGAAGACAUAUCGGUCUCUGGAAUUUCAUUACGACCGCGCCAGAUAGGGCUUGCAAAGCUUGCGUGGAAGGAGUGGAAGAUGCCAGAGAUGAUGUAGCUUACAGUUUCAACGGCGAGGGAUAUGCCGUGAGGAACAGAGUCUCGUCUGGUCCGUACAAUAAAUAUAUGUUUGGGGUGUCAAUCAGUUUUCGGACAUACGAUGAAAAUGCAUUGCUAUUUCUGGCCAUCAACAAAGAUAAUCAGCACAUCAUGAUCUUUCUGCGGGAAGGCAGAGUGAUUCUCCACGUUGGCUACGGUGGGAACGUCAGUAUGGAAAUGUCCUCGACGUACAAGUACAACACCGGCAAUUGGACGAAGGUGGACGCCUUCCGGCAGUAUCAGGUUCGCAAGAACAUCGAGAAGUGCAGUCUGAGUAUCGGUGGCGAUAACGACAAGCGAAUCGGUGCGCCUACACCGCAACCCAAGAAGGAAGACAUUCCAGACUUGGCGCAAGCCAAGUAUUACAUCGGCGGGCUGCCGCCGAGCUUCCGCGCCGACAAGCUGAUGUUGCCCUCGCAGGUGUCGUUCCUCGGAUGCAUGGCCAAUAUCGUAGUGCAGGAAGGCUACGAUCCGAUGGCCGAACAGUAUUACGGGGUGGAGCCCAGUUGUAGUAAUAAACCUUUGAGGAUUGUCGGAUUUUAUGGAGACGGAUAUCUCGAGCAUUCCGCAUUCGCUUUGCGAAAGAUUCACUCCGUACUGAGCUUUUCCUUCAGAACCAUGCAAGAGGCAGCUAUGCUGCUUCUUUCCACGUUCGAGGGUCACGAAGACAGAUUAAGCGACAACCUUAAUACAAAAGAAGAAGCAAAAAGAGACAGCUAUUACUCUGUUUGUAUACUCAAUGGACAAGUGCAAGUUCGCGUGAAUGCCGGUAAAGGCGAACUGGUUCUCCAAUCGAACAACACUUUCAACGAUGGAAGGUAUCAUUCAAUCACCGUCAUUAAGAAGAGGAAAGAGAUAGAGUUGAGGAUCGAUGACGCAUAUCAGACCGCAGGAAGAUUACCUACCAGCAUCGCGAUCAAAGCUCCCGAUUCGAAUGGAGGACUCUUCUUUGGUGGACUACCGGCUCUUAUCAAUAACACCAAGAUGGUCGCCACGAAUACACCGUUGUACGGUGCUAUCAAGGAUGCAAUUUUCAACGACGAAAUCGUUCGAUUCGACGAUGCCGUUAAUUUCGAUCACGCUUUAAUCGGUCGUCCGGGACCGAGUAUGGGGAAAGACACGCCGAGUUACGCACCUUCGGCAUCAUUGUCCCGAGGAAUGUCCACGCAACCGGAAGGCUGUCAGAAGGUGCCUUAUUACUCGCUGGAACCGGGCGCUCUGAAAUUUGGCGACAAGCCGCACAGUCACACGCAGCUCUAUCUCAAUUUUAAGAAAUUUUGGGAAAAGAAGUACACGAUAGAAUUCGACUUUAGGACGUAUUAUCCCAAUGGGUUGCUCUUCAUCACUCCGGGUCUGAGAUUGAAACACUAUCUGAUGAUGGUCAUUCGAGAUGGACAGCUUCUUCUGCUAAUAAAGAGCAAACCGAAAAAGGAGAUGUUGCUUAAGACGCCAUUCAACGAUGGCAAUUGGCAUCACGUCGUCAUCAGUCACGAUGAGAGAAAACUCACUCUGCUGGUGGAUACUCAAACACCACGUAUCAUCAAAGUACCGAGAAGGAUCGGUCUGGCAUCCAUGAUGUAUAUCGGUGGACUUCCGGAAGGCGGAACGCCCAUCCCAGAGAAAGUAGUUGUCAAACUGGAAACUCUAAAGGGUUGUAUUAGAGGCUUGAAAGUUAACGGAAACGUCUACGACAUGGUAGGCUCCACCAGCAGAGCCUUCAAUGUCGGCCAGUGCUUCCCGAGCGUUGAAAGCGGAGCAUAUUUCCAGGAUGAGGCAUAUGCCAUUUAUCAGAAUAACUUUGAGCUUGGCGCCGUGCUUGAGCUCCAACUGGAAUUCAGAACGUCGGAACUGUCCGGGGUAUUGCUGUCGAUUAGCGCGCCCGGUGGUUCGCCCUCCUUGUCGCUGGAGCUCAACAACGGCCGGGUGAUCAUGUCGGGCGAUCUAGGCGAUCACAAUCCAUUGUACGUAGAGCAACGAUUCACAAGCCCGUACGCCAUUUGCGACAAUCGAUGGCACAGAAUCCAGGCCGUGUACAACGACGAGGAGCUAGCGCUCAAGGUGGACGAGCUGGAUCAGAAAUAUGGUCUGCCCACAAACGUCAAUUAUCAUUUCAUGAGCUCCACCGCCUCCGGCCCAUUAUAUAUAGGCGGUAUACCAGCAUCCGCUCAGAAAGGCUCGUUGAUAACGCGGGAUCACUUCAAUGGGUGCAUCAGGAAUGUGAUGAUAGGAGGGGAGAGACGAGACUGGACGGACAUGGCCGAGUUGCACAACAUUCAUCUGAGCUCUUGCCCGGUUCAAUGAUAGCGAAACGCGAAAAGAGACAAUUGCCUCGACGAUCAGCUUUUUUUUUAUAAUUCCAAAGACUGCUCGAGGAAUUCGCGACCGUACCGGGAUUAACGUGCCAUAUAUUCGCAGACGACGAUUUCUUUAAGACGUAAGACUUUAACAAAGCCAAAAGAUGCUAAAUCGUUUCGUUAGGCUAAAGAUCGUAACUUAAAGGAUAGAAAAAAAGAGAGAAAAAGAGACCGUGCGCGUCGGUCUCGUGACAGAUGUAAAUGAUGGCACGAAUGAGCAAUUUCGUCGUAUGUACGCGUGCGAAAUGCAUAGAUAUUUAUGCGCAAAUAGCGAGAAAAAAGCCACUGCCAUAUAGUUUAAUUACUCGUCGCAAAUAAUUUGUGUACAUCAGUAUUUAAAAGCCAUUAUUUAUUAUUGUUAACGUAGAUCCAAUCUCGUGAUCUCGUGAUCGUCGCGUCGACGAUAGAGUAAAACGCGAAUUAUACGUUUUAUACUUUUAUAGCAAAUGGUAAGACUCUUCUAUGGAGCUCGAUAUGUACAUUGUGGGAAAUCGAUCUUAGAUCUAAAAAUUUCGAAGAAGAGAAUCGUACAAGUGCCCUGUAAAAAGAGAAGUGUCCUUUAAUCAUGCACAUAAAGCGGGAGAUAAUCUU